CAGCGACACUCGCGCCUCCACCGCCGCGGCCGCCGGCCGCCCCGGCCCCGCACGCGAUGCCCCGGGCGCCGCUCCGGCGGCGGCUGCUGCUGCUGCUGGCGGUCUCCGCGGUGGCGGCGGUGGCCGGCGAGCCCGGGCCGGCGCUGCCCCUCCCCACGGGGGACGCCACCCUGGCCGUCGUCUUCGAUGUCACCGGCUCCAUGUGGGACGACCUGAUGCAGGUGCUCGACGGCGCCUCGCGCAUCCUGGAGAGCAGCCUGAGCCGCCGCAGCCAGGCCAUCGCCAACUACGCGCUGGUGCCCUUCCACGACCCAGAUAUUGGCCCGGUGACCCUCACGGCAGACCCGGCGGUGUUUCAGAGAGAGCUGAGAGAACUCUAUGUGCAGGGAGGCGGUGACUGCCCAGAGAUGAGUGUGGGAGCCAUCAAGGCUGCCGUGGAGGUGGCCAACCCCGGCUCCUUUAUCUACGUCUUCACGGACGCCCGCGCCAAGGACUACCACAAGAAGGAGGACGUCCUGCGGCUUCUGCAGCUGAAACAGUCGCAGGUGGUCUUUGUGCUGACGGGGGACUGUGGUGACCGCACUCACCCCGGCUACCUGGCUUACGAGGACAUCGCCGCCACCAGCUCCGGGCAGGUGUUCCACCUGGACAAGCAGCAGGUGACCGAGGUGCUGAAGUGGGUAGAGUCAGCGAUCCAGGCCUCCAAGGUGCACCUGCUGUCCACGGACCACAAGGAGGAGGGCGAGCACACGUGGAGGAUUCCCUUUGACCCCAGCCUGAAGGAGGUCACCAUCUCCCUGAGCGGUCCGGGUCCCAAGAUCGAAGUCCGCGACCCGCUGGGGAGGAUCCUGCAGAAGGACGAGGGCCUCAACGUGCUCCUCAGCAUCCCUGACUCUGCCAAGGUCGUGGCGUUUAAGCCUGAGCAUCCUGGGCUGUGGUCCAUCAAGGUCUAUAGCAGCGGUCGCCAUUCGGUGAGGAUCACAGGCGUCAGCAACAUCGACUUCCGAGCCGGCUUCUCCACCCAGCCCUCUCUGGACCUCAACCACACCAUUGAGUGGCCCCUACAAGGGGUGCCCAUCUCCCUGGUCAUCAACUCCACGGGCCUGCAGGCACCCGGCCACCUGGACUCCGUGGAGCUCUCACGCAGCUCGGGGCAGCCCCUCCUGACUUUGCCCAUGCAGCCCCUGUCCAAUGGCUCCGCCCAUCAGCUCUGGGGCGGACCGCCCUUCCACGCCCCCCAGGAGCGCUUCUACCUCAAGGUGAAGGGCAAAGACCACGAGGGGAAUCCCCUUCUCCGUGUCUCUGGAGUUUCCUACAGUGGGGUGGUCCCAGGUGCCCCCCUGGUCAGCAUGCCCCCUAGGAUCCAUGGUUACCUGGACCAGCCCCUGCUGGUCUCCUGCUCUGUACACAGCACCCUCCCCUUCAGACUACAGCUGCGGCGGAACGGAGCCAGGCUGGGCGAGGAGAGGCACUUUCAGGUGUCGGGAAACAGCAGCUGGGAGAUCCCACGGGCUUCUAAGACCGAGGAAGGGACGUAUGAGUGCACGGCGGUCAGCCGGGCUGGGACCGGACGAGCAAAGGCCCAGAUUCUUGUCACAGACCCCCCACCGCAGCUGGUUCCUGCCCCCAACGUGACCGUGUCCCCGGGGGAGACAGCCAUCCUGUCCUGCCAGGUCCUGAGUGAGGUCCCCUACAACCUGACGUGGAUCCGGGACUGGCGGGUCCUGCCGGCCUCAACGGGCAGAGUCGCCCAGCUGGCCGACCUAUCCCUGGAGGUCAGCGGCAUCAUCCCCAGCGACGGCGGACGGUACCAGUGCAUGGCCAGCAACGCCAACGGGGUCACAAGGGCGUCCGUGUGGCUCCUGGUGCGAGAGGCUCCCCAGGUCAGCAUCCACACCCGGUCCCAGCACUUCUCCCAGGGUGUGGAGGUGAGAAUUCGCUGCUCAGCUUCGGGGUACCCCGCACCCCACAUCUCCUGGAGCCGUGAGGGUCAUGCUCUGCAAGAGGACAGCAGAAUCCGUGUGGAUGCCCAGGGAACCCUGAUCAUUCAGGCAGUGGCCCCAGAGGAUGCUGGGAAUUACAGCUGCCGGGCCGCUAAUGAGGUUGGCACAGACGAGGAGACGGUCACCCUCUAUUAUACAGAUCCGCCGUCGGUCUCUGCCGUAAAUGCCGUGGUGCUGGCUGCUGUCGGGGAGGAGGCCGUGCUGGUGUGUGAGGUGUCUGGGGUGCCCCCACCCCGGGUCGUCUGGUACCGAGGGGGUCUUGAAAUGAUUCUGGGCCCUGAGGGCUCCAGCUCUGGGACGCUGCGGAUCCCGGCAACUCGGGAGAGGGAUGCUGGCAUCUACACCUGCCGAGCUGUCAACGAGAUGGGCGAUGCCUCUGCAGAAAUCCGGCUAGAGGUUGGAUAUGCGCCCCGGCUGAUGGAGCUGCCCCGGGAUGUCACUGUGGAGCUGGGGAGGAGUGCCCUCCUGGCGUGCCGGGCCAUGGGCCGCCCGCCCCCGCUGGUCACCUGGCGCCGUGGAGAUGGCCAGCCGCUGGGGCCCAGGCGGGGUGGCAGGACGGGGCAGCCUGAUUCGGGAGUGCUGUUCUUUGAAAGUGUGGCCCCCGAAGACCAGGCCCUGUAUCUCUGUGAAGCUCAAAAUGUGUUCGGGAAGGUCCGGGCAGAGGCCCGGCUCGUCGUGACCGGACACGUCCCACCGCAGAUCGCAAGCAGCGCCUCCACUGUCCGGGUGCUGGAGAGGCAGCCGGUGUCCCUGCCCUGCAUCAUCCUGGCGGGGAGGCCCCUCCCGGAGCGACGCUGGCUCAAGGCCGGGCUGCCGCUCCCACCUGGCAGCCGGCAUUCGGUCCGAGCAGAUGGCAGCCUCCACCUGGACCGGGCGCUGCAGGAGGACGCGGGGAGGUACAGCUGUGUGCUCACCAACACGGCUGGCUCUCAGCACAGGGAUGUGGAGUUGGUUGUCCAGGUGCCCCCUAGAAUCCAGCCCGUGGCCACCCACCAUGUCACCAAUGAAGGGGUUCCAGCCUCCCUCCCCUGCGUGGCCUCGGGGGUCCCCACCCCUGCCAUCACCUGGACCAAGGAAACCAAUGCCCUGGCCUCCACGGGUCCCCACUACAACGUGAGCAAGGAUGGCACCCUGGUCAUCGCCCGGCCAUCUGCCCGGGAUGCAGGAGCCUAUGUCUGCACGGCCACCAACGCGGUGGGCUUCUCCAGCCAGGAGAUGCGGCUUUCUGUCAACACUAAGCCCAGGAUCCGUGGGAAUGGGUCACGUGAUGCAGAUGAGCCUCUGAGAGUCACGGCCAAGGCUGGCGAUGAGGUGACCCUGGACUGCGAGGCCCAGGGCUCCCCACCCCCACUCGUCACCUGGACCAAGGACCUCCACCCUGUGCCCUCCGUCACCGACAGGCAUCGCCUCCUGCCGUCAGGCUCCCUGCGUGUGGCCCAGGCCCAGGUCGGUGACAGUGGCCUCUACAGAUGCACAGCCAGCAACCCUGCUGGGUCCGCUUCUCAGCACUACAUGCUCCGGGUGCAAGUGCCCCCUCAGGUGCAGCCGGGCCCGCGGGUCCUGAAGGUGCUGGCAGGAGAGAUUCUGGACCUGAACUGCGUGGCCGAGGGCAGCCCGGAGCCCCGGCUGAACUGGUCCAAGGACGGGGUGGCCCUGCGGGGCGGGAGCCCCGAGGGUUCCGUCCACUUCUCAGCCAUCCAGGCCUCUGACGCGGGGCUGUACCGCUGCGAGGCCUCCAACAGCGCCGGCGUGGAUGCCUGGGAGCUGGAGCUCAGGGUGCUGGAGCUGCCGCACUGGGAGGCCGAUGAGACCGGCGGCCUGCUGGAGAGAGUGGCAGGAGAGAACGCCAGCCUGCCGUGCCCUGCCAGAGGGGUGCCCAAGCCGCAGGUCACGUGGCGGAAGGGCCCAACCUCGGAGCCCCUGCGUGGCCGGCCGGGCCUGGAGGUGCUGGAUGAAGGCUCCCUGUUUCUGGCCUCAGUCUCGCCCACCGACAGCGGAGACUACGAGUGCCAGGCCACCAAUGAGGCAGGCUCCACGUCCAGGAGAGCCAAGCUGGUGGUCUAUGUGCCCCCUAGCAUCCGGGAGGACGGGCAUAGGACCAAUGUGUCAGGCAUGGCCGGGCAGUCCCUGACUUUGGAGUGUGACGCGAAUGGCUUUCCAGCCCCUGAGAUCGUGUGGCUCAAGGACGGGCAGCCGAUUCCUGAGGCGGGUGGUCACCGCCUCCUGGACAAGCCACGGGCCCUCCACUUUCCCAGGAUCCAGGAGGGCGAUGCUGGCCUCUACUCCUGCCGGGCAGAGAACCAGGCCGGGACUGCCCAGAGGGACUUCGACCUCCUCGUGCUCAUCCCUCCUUCCGUGACGGGAGCCGGGGCUGCCCAGGAGGAGGUGCUGGGCCUGGCCGGUGCAGGGGUGGAGCUGGAGUGCCGGACCUCGGGGGUCCCCACGCCCCAGGUGGAAUGGACCAAGGACGGGCAGCCCAUCCCUCUGGGAGACCCUUAUGUCCAGCUUCAGGAGGACGGCCAGGUUCUCAGGAUCCCCAGCAGUCACCUGGGGGAUGAGGGGCGGUACCAGUGUGUGGCCUUCAGCCCCGCCGGCCAGCAGGCCAAGGACUUCCGCCUCAGGAUGCACGCCCCUCCUACCAUCUGGGGCUCCAACGAGACGAGCGAGGUGGCUGUCAUGGAGGGCCACCCGGUGCGGUUCCUGUGCGAGGCCCGAGGAGUGCCCACUCCCAACAUCACCUGGUUCAAGGACGGGGCCCCUCUCCCGCUCAGCGCUGAGGCCGUCUACACCAGGGGCGGCCGGCAACUGCAGCUGGAGAGGGCCCGGGGCUUGGAUGCUGGCACUUACACCUGCAAGGCCAGCAACCCUGUGGGGGUCGCGGAGAAGACCACCAGGCUGGAGGUUUAUGUCCCGCCCACCAUCGAGGGCACUGGAGGAGGACCUCGUGUGGUGAAGGCUGUGGCUGGGAGGCCCUUGGCGCUGGAGUGUGUGGCCAGGGGCCACCCGCCCCCCGCCCUCUCCUGGCACCACGAGGGGCUGCCUGUGGCCGAGAGCAACGAGACGUGGCUGGAGGCGGGAGGCCGUGUGCUGAGCCUGGAGAGCCUGGGGGAGGCGUCCGGAGGCCUGUACAGUUGUGUGGCCACCAGCCCCGCCGGGGAGGCUGUUCUGCAGCACUCCGUGGAAGUGCAGGUGCCCCCGCAGCUCCUGGUGGCCGAAGGCUUGGGCCAGGUGACCGCCCUCUUGGGACAGCCCCUGGAACUUCCCUGCCAGGCCUCGGGCUCCCCAGCGCCCACUCUCCAGUGGCUGCAGAACGGCCGCCCGGCCGAGGAGCUGGCUGGGGUGCAGGUGGCCUCACGGGGGGCCACGCUGCACAUCGACCAUGUGGAGCUGGGCCACGCGGGCCUCUUUGCCUGCCAGGCCACCAACGAGGCGGGCACUGCCGGGGCUGAGGUGGAGUUGUCCGUGCACGAGCUCCCACUGGUGGCCAUCGUCGGGGGCGACAAUAUCACAGCCCCUUUCCUGCAGCCUGUGACCCUCCAGUGUGUGGGGACUGGGGUGCCCACCCCAAGUCUCCGCUGGUGGAAGGAUGGGGUGGCCCUGGCAGCCUUGGGGGGGAAGCUGCAGAUCGAGAAGGUGGACCUGAGGGAUGAAGGCGUCUACACUUGUGCCGCCACUAACCUGGCUGGGGAGAGCAAAAAGGACGUGGUUCUCAAGGUUUUGGUGCCCCCCAACAUCGAGCCCGGCCCGCUGAACAAGGCAGUGCUGGAAAAUGCCUCGGUAACCUUGGAGUGCCUGGCUUCAGGUGUGCCCCCUCCUGAUAUCUCCUGGUUCAAGGGCCGCCAGCCUGUCUCAGCCCGGAAGGGAGUGACAGUGUCAGCUGACGGGAGAGUUCUCCACAUUGAGCGGGCACGAUUUUCUGAUGCUGGGAGCUACCGUUGUGUGGCAUCCAAUGUGGCAGGCAGCACGGAGCUGCAGUAUGGGCUACGGGUCAAUGUGCCUCCACACAUCACACAGCCACCCAGCCUGCCAGGCCCCGUGCUGCUCGGAGCCCCGGUCCGGCUGACCUGUAAUGCCACUGGAGUCCCCAGCCCCACGCUGCUGUGGCUGAAGGAUGGAAACCCCGUGUCCACCGCAGGGGCCUCUGGCCUCCAGGUCUUCCCUGGGGGCCGGGUCCUCACCCUGGCCAGCGCCCGGGCCUCCGACUCUGGCAGCUACUCGUGCGUGGCCGUGAGUGCAGUGGGAGAGGACCGUCGGGACGUCGUCCUGUACGUCCACAUGCCCCCAAGCAUCCUCGGGGAAGAGGUGAACGUGUCCGUCGUGGCCAACGAAUCCGUGGCCCUGGAGUGCCGAAGCCAAGCCGUGCCCCCUCCCGUGCUGACCUGGAAGAAAGACGGCCGCCCCCUGGAGCCGCGGCCCGGCGUCCACCUCUCCACAGACAAGGCCUUGCUGGAGGUGAGCAGAGCAGAGGUGGGGGACGCAGGCCGCUAUACCUGCGAGGCACUGAACCAGGCGGGCCGCUCGGAGAAGCACUACAACCUGAAUGUCUGGGGUGAGGGUCUCGGGGGCUGGGCUGGGGUCCCUCCCCUGUCCCUGCCGUGGCUGGCUCUCAUGCCCCCAGAGGAGUGCUGCCUCCAUGGUCCCGGGAUCGAGGCUUUUUCUGUUCCCCGCCCCUGUCCCUUCCCGGCCCAGCACCUACCUCAUUUGCCUCUCUGUUCUCCCCCAGUGCCUCCUGUGUUCCCCUCGAGGGAACCCCGCAUCCUGACCGUGACCGAAGGGCACCCCGCCAGGCUGUCCUGUGAAUGUCGGGGCGUCCCCUUCCCUAAGAUCUCCUGGAGGAAGGACGGUCAGCCCUUGCCAGGGGAGGGGAACAGCCUCGAGCAGGUGUCAGCGGUGGGGCGGCUGCUGUACCUGGGACAGGCCCAGCCGGCCCAGGAGGGAACGUACACCUGUGAGUGCAGCAAUGUGGCGGGCAAUCGCAGCCAGGACCAGCUGCUGGAGGUGCAUGUGCCGCCUCGGAUCGCUGGCCCCCGGGAGCCCCACACGCAGGUCUCUGUGGUCCAGGACGGGGAGGCCACUCUGUGGUGCCACGUCACAGGGAAGCCCCCGCCCAAAGUGACGUGGGAGUGGGGCGGCCAGCCGGUGAGAGCCGAGGCCGGCCUGCUGCUGCGGAACCAAGGCCAGAGUCUGCACGUGGGGCGGGCGCAGGCUGCCCACAGCGGACGCUACACCUGCGUGGCCGAGAACGUGGCCGGAAGGGCCGAGAGGAGGUUUGCGCUGUCCGUGCUGGUGCCCCCAGAGCUCACCGGAGACUUGGACCCAGUGACCAACGUCUCUGCUGCCCUGCACAGCCCCUUGACGCUGUUCUGCGAAGCCACAGGCGUCCCACCCCCACGGGUCCGCUGGUUCCGAGGGGAGGAGCCCAUCAGCCCCGGGGAGGACACCUACCUCCUGGCAGGUGGCUGGAUGCUGAAGAUGCCCCGGGCACAGGAGCGAGACAGAGGUUUCUACUCAUGCCUGGCAAGCAACAAGGCUGGGGAGGUUCGGAGGAACUUCAGUGUGGAGGUCCUGGUUCCUCCCAGGAUUGAGAACGAGGACCUGGAGGAGGCAGUCAAGGUCCCCGAGGGGCAGACAGCCCACCUGACGUGCAACGCCACAGGCCACCCACAGCCCAAGGUCACGUGGUUCAAAGAUGGCCGGCCCCUGGCUGGUGGAGACGCCUACCGCAUUUCUCCAGACGGAGCUCUCCUGCAGAUCGUCCAGGCCGACCUGUCUAGUUCUGGCCACUACUCCUGCAUUGCAGCCAGUGCCGUAGGGGAGAAGACCAAACACUUCCAACUUAGUGUCCUGGUGGUUCCCACCAUCCUGGGAGUGACCGAGGACAGCGCAGAUGAGGAGGUGACAGUGACCAUCAACAACCCCAUUUCUCUGAUCUGUGAGACACUGGCCUUCCCCUCCCCCACCAUCACCUGGAUGAAGGACGGCGCCCCAUUUGAGGCCUCGAACAACAUCCAGAUGCUCCCAGGCACCCACGGGCUGCAGAUCCUGAAUGCCCAGAAGGAAGAUGCGGGACAGUACACCUGCGUGGUCACCAAUGAACUUGGGGAGGCCAUGAAGAACUACCACGUGGAGGUGCUCAUCCCUCCUUCCAUCUCCAAAGACGACCCCUCGGGGGAGGCCGGCGUGAAGGAAGUGAAGACCAAGGUCAACAGUACUUUGACCCUGGAGUGUGAGUCCCGGGCCGUGCCCCCGCCCACCAUCAGCUGGUACAAGGACGGACGGCCCGUGACCCCCAGCCAGCGGCUGCACAUCCUGGGCGAAGGCCGGCUCCUCCAGAUCCAGCCCACGCGGGUCUCAGAUUCAGGGCGAUACCUGUGCGUGGCCACCAACGUGGCUGGCGAGGAUGACCAGGACUUCAAUGUGCUCAUCCAGGUGCCCCCCAUGUUCCAGAAGCUGGGCGAUGCCGGUGUGGACUUCGAGAUCCCGUCCAGGGAAGAAGAGGUCCGCGGUGGGGUGACGGAGUACCGGGAGAUUGUGGAGAACAACCCUGCCUACCUGUACUGCGAUACCAAUGCCAUCCCUCCCCCGGAGCUCAGCUGGUACAGGGAGGGCCAGCCCCUCUCGGCCGCAGACGGGGUGUCUGUUCUGCAAGGAGGUCGGGUCCUGCAGAUUCCCCUGGUGCGUGCAGAGGAUGCCGGGAAAUACUCAUGCAAGGCCUCCAACGAGGUGGGCGAGGACUGGUUGCACUACCAGCUGCUUGUGCUGACCCCACCUGUGAUCCUGGGUGACACAGAGGAGCUGGUGGAGGAGGUGACGGUCAACGCCAGCAGCACCGUCAGCCUCCAGUGCCCGGCCCUGGGCAACCCCGUGCCCAACAUCUCAUGGCUCCAGAACGGGCUGCCUUUCUCCCCGAGCCCACGGCUGCAGGUCCUGGAGGACGGGCGUGUCUUGCAGGUCUCCACGGCCGAGGUGGCCGAUGCCGCCAGCUACAUGUGUGUGGCGGAGAACCCGGCGGGCUCCUCGGAGAAGCUCUUCACCCUCAGGGUACAAGCCCCACCACGAAUCACAGGCCCAAGCUUGGAGCAGGUCACUGCCAUGGUCAACAGCAGCAUCUCCCUGUCCUGUGACGUCCAUGCUCACCCGAGCCCUGAGGUCACGUGGUACCGGGACGGCCAGGCCGUCUCCCUGGGAAAAGAGAUCUUCCUCCGGCCUGGCACCCACACGCUGCAGCUGGCCAGGACGCAGCCAUCAGACUCCGGGAUGUACCUGUGUGAGGCCCUCAACGCCGCCGGCCGAGACCAGAAGCUGGUGCAGCUUAGCGUGCUGGUGCCCCCCACCUUCAGGCAGGCUCCCGGCGGCCCCCAGGAUGCGAUCCUGGUCCGGGCUGGGGACAGAGCAGUCCUGAGCUGUGAGACCGACUCACUCCCUGAGCCGACCGUGACCUGGCUUAAAGACGGGCAGCCCCUGGUCCCGACGCAGCGCACCCGGGCUCUGCUGGGUGGGCAGAGGCUGGAGGUCCAGGACACCCAGGUGUCGGAUAAAGGUUUAUACAGCUGUAAAGUCAGCAAUACCGCGGGGGAAGCCAUGCGGACGUUUGUCCUCACUGUCCAGGUGCCCCCAACAUUUGAGAACCCCAGGACAGAGAGAGUGAGCCAGGUGGCCGGGAGCCCCCUGGUGCUGAGCUGUGAUGUGACCGGGGUCCCUGCACCUACUGUCACCUGGCUGAAGGACAGAAUGCCUGUUGAGAGCAGCGUGGCGCAUGGCGUGGUCUCCCGGGGGGGCCGCCUCCAGCUGAGUCGCCUGCAGCCCGCCCAGGCUGGCACCUACACGUGCGUGGCGGAGAACAGCCAGGCCGAGGCCCGCAAGGACUUCGUGGUGGCCGUGCUGGCGGCCCCCCGGAUCCGGAGCUCGGGUGCCACGCAGGAGCACAGUGUCCUGGAGGGGCAGGAGGUGCGGCUGGACUGUGAGGCGGAUGGGCAGCCCCCGCCCGACGUGGCCUGGCUGAAGGACGGUGGCCCGCUGGGCCAAGGCGUGGGCCCCCACCUCCGGUUCUACGUGGACGGCGGUGCCCUGGUGCUGAAGGGCCUGAGGGCCGAGGACUCGGGCGCCUACACCUGCGUGGCCCACAACGUGGCCGGGGAGGACGCCAGGCUGCACACAGUGAGCGUGCUGGUUCCUCCCACCAUCGAGCAGUGGGCAGAGGGCUCGGGGACCCUGGUGAGCAGGCCUGGGGAGCUGGUGACCAUGGCGUGCCCCGUCCGGGGCUCCGCGCCCAUCCGCAUGAGCUGGCUCAAGGACGGGCUGCCCCUGCCGCUGUCCCAACGCACUCGCCUCCACAGCUCGGGCCGCACCCUCAGGAUUUCCCAGGUGCAGUUGGCAGAUGCUGGUGUCUUUACCUGUGUGGCUGCAAGCCCAGCUGGUGUGACCGACAGGAAUUUCACCUUGCAGGUGCACGUGCCCCCUGUCUUGGAGCCGGUAGAGUUCCAGAAUGACGUGGCGGUCAUCCGUGGCUCCUCGGUGGUCCUCCCCUGUGAAGCCCGGGGAAGCCCUCUGCCCCUAGUGUCGUGGAUGAAGGAUGGGGAGCCCUUGUUGCCCCAGAGCCUUGAACAGGGGCCCAGCCUGCAGCUGGAGACAGCAGGAGCUGGAGACUCGGGCACCUACUCCUGUGUGGCCGUGAGCGAGGCGGGGGAAGCCAGGAGGCAUUUCCAGCUGACAGUGAUGGACCCCCCCCACAUAGAGGACUCGGGCCAGCCCGCAGAGCUGCUGCUGACUCCCGGCACCCCCUUGGAGCUCCGCUGCGAUGCCCAGGGCACCCCGCCGCCCAACAUCACCUGGCAUAAGGACGGGCAGGCCCUGAGCGGGCCUGCAGACAGCAGUAGGGUGCUCCGGGUAGAGGAUGUACAGGUGGGCGAUGCUGGGCUGUACACGUGCCUGGCCCAGAGCCCCGCCGGCCAAGCGGAGAAGAGCUUCCGGGUCAGGGUUCAAGGCCCCCCGCACGUUAUAGGGCCCCGAGGCCCCCGCUCUGUGGUCGGCCUGGCUCCCGGGCAGCUGGUUCUGGAGUGCUCGGUGGAGGCGGAGCCAGCACCCGAGAUUGAAUGGCACCGAGAUGGCAUCCUGCUGCAGGCGGACGCCCACACCCAGUUCCCAGAACAGGGAAGGUUCCUCCAGCUGCGGGCCCUGAGCACGGCCGACGGGGGCAACUACAGCUGCACUGCCCGCAACGCCGCGGGCAGCACCAGCGUGGCCUUCCGCGUGGAGAUCCACAUGGUGCCCACCAUCCAGCCAGGACCGCCCGCAGUGAACGCCUCCGUGAACCAGACGGCCGUGCUGCCCUGCCGGGUGGACGGCGCUCCCCCACCCCUCGUGAGCUGGCGGAAGGACGGGGCCCCCCUGGAUCCUGAGAGCCCCAGGUUGCAGCUUCUUCCUGAAGGUUCCCUGAGGAUCCAGCCAGUCCUUGCCCAGGACGCUGGCCACUACCUCUGCUUUGCAUCCAACUCUGCAGGCUCAGAUCGGCAAGGCCGUGACCUCCAGGUCUUUGAGCCUCCUGCCAUCGCCCCCAGCCCCUCCAACCUGACCUUGAUUGCCCACACCCCUGCCUCACUGCCCUGUGAGGCCAGCGGCUCCCCCAAGCCCCGGGUGGUCUGGUGGAAGGACGGACAGAAGCUGGAUUUCCACCUGCAGCAGGGAACCUACCGGCUCCUGCCCUCCAACGCCCUGCUCCUGGCAGCUCCCAGCCCCCAGGACUCAGCCCAGUUUGAGUGCGUGGUGAGCAAUGAGGUGGGCGAGGCCCGCAGGCAUUACCAGGUGACCGUUCACGUGCCCCCUACCAUUGCUGACGACCAGACAGACUUCACCGUGACCAAGAUGGCACCCGUGGUCCUCACGUGCCACAGCACGGGCGUCCCGGCCCCGGUCGUGUCCUGGAGCAAGGCAGGCGCCCAGCUGGGGAUGCGGGGGAGUGGCUAUCGUGUCACAUCUUCCGGUGCCCUGGAGAUCGGGCAGGCCCUCCCCGUCCACGCUGGCCGCUACACCUGCACGGCCCGCAACUCUGCGGGCGUGGCCCACAAGCACGUGGUCCUCGCUGUGCAAGCCUCCCCCGUGGUGAAGCCUCUGCCCAGCGUGGUCCGGGCACUGGUGGCCGAGGAGGUACUGCUUUCCUGUGUGGCUUCGGGCAUCCCCCAGCCGAGCAUCACCUGGCAGAAGGAGGGGCUCAGCAUUCCCGCAGGAGCGAGUACGCAGGUCCUACCCGGUGGACAGCUUCGGAUUAUCCACGCCAGCCCGGAGGAUUCCGGGAACUAUUUUUGCAUUGCCCAGAACAGCGCAGGCAGUGCUAUCGGGAAAACACGGCUGGUGGUGCAAGUCCCGCCCGUGAUCAAGACUGGCCUCCCUGACCUGUCCACCACCGAAGGCUCCCACGUCCUCUUGCCCUGCCGGGCCAGCGGCAGUCCUGAGCCCACCAUCACCUGGGAAAAAGACGGCCAGCCUGUGUCCGGGGCCGAGGGGAAGUUCACCAUCCAGCCUUCUGGGGAGCUGCUGGUGAAGAACUUGGAGGGCCAGGAUGCUGGAACCUACACGUGUGUGGCCGAGAACACGGUGGGCCGCGCCCGCCACCGUGUUCAUCUCACCAUCCUGGCACUGCCCGUCUUCACCACCCUGCCUGGGGACCGCAGCCUGCGCGUCGGGGACAGGCUGUGGCUUCGCUGUGCGGCCCGGGGCAGCCCGACCCCCCGCAUCGGCUGGACCGUCAACGACCGACCUGUCACGGAGGGGGUGUCCGAACAGGACGGGGGCAGCACGCUGCAGCGGGUGGCAGUCACCAGAGAGGACAGCGGGACCUACGUCUGCUGGGCCGAGAACAGAGUGGGCCGUGUGCAGGCCGUCAGCUUCGUCCACGUGAAGGAAGCUCCUGUCCUGCAAGGGGAGGCCUUCUCCUACCUGGUGGAGCCCGUGGGGAGCAGCGUCCAGCUGGACUGCGUGGUCCAUGGAGCCCCUGCGCCCGACAUCCGCUGGAUCAAAGACGGCCUUCCGCUCCGGGGCAGCCGUCUCCGGCACCGGCUGCAGAACGGCUCGCUGACCAUCCACAGGACAGAGAUGGACGACGCGGGUCGGUACCAGUGCCUGGCGGAGAAUGAGAUGGGCACAGUGGAGAAAGUGGUGACCCUCGUGCUGCAGAGCGCCCCGGUGUUCCGGGUGGAGCCCCGGGACGUGACGGCGAGAUCUGGGGACGACGUGGCCCUACAGUGUCAGGCCUCGGGAGAGCCGGUGCCCACCGUGGAGUGGCUGCGUGCGGGCCAGCCCGUGCGGGCCGGCCGGCGGCUCCAGACCCUGCCCGACGGGGGCCUGUGGCUGCAGCGAGUGGAGGCCCAGGACGCGGGCAUCUACGAGUGCGUCGCUCACAACCUUCUGGGCUCUGCCACGGCCCGAGCGGUCCUGGCCGUGAGAGGGGAGCCCCGUGGGAGCCGGGGCGGCGUAUCCGGGGUGAUCAACGGCCAGGAAUUUGGCAUGGCCAGCCUCAACACCAGCGUGCGCCAGGAGGCACGUUCUGGGGUCACCACCAUCUGGAGCGGCAUCAGCCACAUCCCUGCGAGCGUGGGGCCUCUGAUGCGCGUGCUCUUGGUCACCGUCGCCCCCGUCUACUGGGCCCUGGCUGGAGAGACUGGAGACGCCCUUAACGGCCACUCUCUGACGGGCGGCAGCUUCCUGCAGAAGUCGCACGUGGAGUUCGCCACGGGCGAGUUGCUCACGAUGACCCAGGAGGCCCGGGGCCUGGAUCCCGACGGCCUCCUGCUUCUUGACGUGGUGGUCAGUGGCGUCGUCCCUGGGAGCCUGGCUGACGCAGAUCUUGAAGCGCAGGACUUCGAGGAGCAGUAUGUGCAGGUGGGGCCCGGCCGUCUCUUCGUGGGCUCCACGCAGCACUUCCUGCAGGACGGCCUUCCCACGUUCCUGCGCUGUAACCACAGCAUCCAGUACAGCGCGGCCCGGGGCCUCCAGCCCCAGCUGGUGCAGCGCUUGCGGGCCUCGGCUAUCAGCUCGGCCUUCGACCCCAAGGCCGAGGCCCUGCAAUUCCAGCUGACCGCAGCCCUGCAGGCUGAAGAGAAUGAAGUCGGCUGCCCAGAGGGCUUCGAGCUGGACGCCCAGGGAGAGUUUUGUGUGGACAGGGACGAGUGUUCGGCCGGCCCCAGCCCCUGUUCUCACUCCUGCCACAACGCACCCGGCCGCUUCUCCUGCUCCUGCCCAGCCGGCUUUGCCCUGGCCAGGGAUGACAGGAACUGCAGAGAUGUGGAUGAGUGCGCGUGGGAUGCCGACCUUUGCCAGCAGGGACAGCGCUGCGUGAACCUCUUCGGGUCCUACCACUGCCUCCCCGACUGCAGGCCUGGCUUCCGGGUGGCCGCUCACGGGGCCGGCUGUGAAGAUGUGGACGAAUGUCUGGAGCGGUCUGACGAAUGUCACUACAACCAGAUCUGUGAGAACACCCCAGGCGGGCACCGCUGUAGCUGCCCCAGGGGGUACCGGCUCCAGGGCCCCGGCCUGCCCUGCCUAGAUAUCAAUGAGUGCCUGCAGCUGCCCGGGACCUGUGCCUACCAGUGCCAAAACCUCCAGGGUGGCUACCGCUGCCUGUGCCCGCCGGGCCAGACCCUCCUCCGUGACGGCAAGACCUGCACCCCCCUAGAGCAGAGUGAACAAAAUGUGACCACUGUCGGCCACCGGGGCCCCUUAGUGCCCUGGCUGCGGCCCCGUACCCCUAACCCCAGGGGCUCUUACCAGGCCUGGGUCUCCCUCCGGCCGGGCCCCGGAGCCCUGAGCAGUAAGGGCCGGGCCUGGUGCCCCACUGGCUUCAUCCGGCAGAACGGCGUCUGCACGGACCUGGACGAGUGCCGGGUGAGGAACCUUUGCCAGCACGCCUGCCGAAACACCGAGGGCAGCUACCGGUGCCUCUGCCCCAAGGGUUACCGCCUCCUCCCCAGCGGGAAAAACUGCCAGGACAUCAAUGAGUGCGAGGAGAACGACGUCGAGUGUGGGCCCAGCCAGAUGUGCUUUAACACCCGCGGCAGCUACCAGUGCGUGGACACGCCAUGUCCGGCCACCUACCGGCAGGGCUCCAGCCCAGGGACGUGUUUCCGACGCUGCUCGCAGGACUGCAGCGCGGGCGGCCCCUCCACGCUGCAGUACAAGCUGCUGCCGCUGCCCCUGGGCGUGCGCGCCCACCACGACGUGGCCCGCCUCGCCGCCUUCUCCGAGGCCGGCGUCCCCGCCAACCGCACGGAGCUCAGCGUGCUCGAGCCCGACCCGCGCAGCCCCUUCGCGCUGCGCCCGCUGCGCACCGGCCACGGCGCUGUCUACACCCGCCGCGCGCUCACCCGCGCCGGCCUCUACCGGCUCACCGUGCGCGCCGCCGCGCCGCGCCACCAGAGCGUCUUCGUCCUGCUCAUCGCCGUGUCCCCCUAUCCCUACUGAGGGGCGUGGUCGCUGGCCGCCGCUUUGGGGGCCAGUGACCUCCAGGGAUGGGGAGGGGGGCCAGGGAGGAGCCGGAGCGGUCCCCACCGCCCGCCCGCCCGCCGGGUGGCUCUUGCCCUCACCACCUGCUGUGGCAAGAAGCGUCACCCCCCCCACACACACCUUGUGCGUCAUUGAGCCCUUCAGCAAACACGACCCUGUGCAACCUUGACCCCAGGACGUCAAGGACCCGAUCUCCCCCCACCCCCCGCGGAGGUGGAGCUGGGCACUCAAGAGUCUAAGGCCGUCCUUGGGUGGUGAAGCCUGCUUGUCUGACGGGGGCACCUCCAGGCUUGCCCCAAACUCCAGGGAGACCUGGGCUGGGACACAGCACACCAGGAGGCCCCAGGGGAGGGACAGACCCCUAGAGGGUGACAGCAGCUAUCCUCUGCCCACAGAACGGUGUCCUCCUGAGCCCCGUGUGUGUGUAUGUAUAACAUAAAAACGUUUCUUUUUAACCAA